AUGUCUGAAACAAUUGUUGCGAUAACUCCAACGUCACCAGAAGAUACCACUCUUACAAGCUCAGAAGACGCCGAAUCACAACACGCACUUACCCGUGUGGUGGUCCUUGCUAUUGAUCAAUCAGAAUAUAGUCACCAUGCAUUCGAAUGGGCCGUCAAGAACUUCUUGAGAAAAGAGAGCGAUUUGGUUGUACUAGUCAACGUCCGACCAAUUCCAUCAAUUCCUGGUCCUUACGCUAUUGGUGCCAGUUAUAUGGAUUUCAGUGAGGUCGUGACCAGCAUAGAGGAACAGCAUCGAGUUGCUAGUCAUGCAUUGUUAAAAGAUUUCGCUUCAAGACUGAAGGCACAAAAUUUUGCUCUCAAAGCAAUAGCCAUGAGGGGCGAUGCACGUGAUGAAAUCGUCCGUAAAGUUUCUGAACUUAAUGCCGAUGCUUUAGUGCUUGGAUCACGCGGUUUAGGUGCCCUGAAACGCACAAUCCUUGGCUCGGUGAGUGACUAUUGUAGUCAUCAUUGUAAUUGUACUGUGGUCAUUGUCAAGGGAGGGCGCCCCGAACACGAAAAGACUCAUUAG